UCCCUCAAAUUCUACCCAAACUCUGAUUGGAACCAGAGUGCCGGUUACCAUGGUAUAAUUACGCUAUGAUUUAUUAGGGAGCACGAAGUUUAGCAAGUCUUGAAACAAAAGAGCUACGAAUAUUAAUAAGCAGUUUGAACGUGUCAUGUAGCUACAAGCAAACAGAGUUUCUGUAGAGGGGACCAAACGUGCUGUCAUCUAGCUAUCACCCCAGAGAGCAUCAACUGCUUGAGAAGGCCCCUGCACACCUGAGGCCCCUCUGUCUCCAAGAGAAGGUUGAGUGGAGCACACUGGUUUCACAGCACAUGGAGAUGACACAGCCUCUUCAUAAUUGUAACAGCAAAUCAGGGAUAUCUUCAGAAAAGUUUAACAAUGUUUCAUUGAUGAAGGAAACAAAUGAAUCAGAGACUCGUAGAGCAUCCUACAGGCAUUCACCGACGGCGUUCGACUCUGCCUGCUCCCCAAGACGCAGUGGCUCAGGAGACCGAGCUCUCGUGACAAACUAUACAUCUGAGAUGAUAGUCGAUUUGGAGAAUACGGUGGACAGACUGAAAAAUGCUCUGGUGUCACUGGAGGAGGACAACCUGAGCCUCAACAAGAAGAUAAGAGAAAACAAGGCGGAAGACCGCCCAUCUUUGACCAAUCACAAUGUCUUAGGCUCAACAAGUGGCAACAAUUCACAGGAAAUGGCUGGUGAUCACAGACCCACCUCCAAACUCAAUACCCACCCUGUCACUUUCGACCUUGUCAAAACAUACCCAGAAAGUCAGAGGCAUGAUACACCAUCCAAGAUAGAGGAGACUAGGAUGAGAGGGAUGCUCAAAAUGGAGAGCCUAUCCUUGGAGGACAGGUGCGUUUACUUGGAGAAGGAGAAACAGGACUUGCGUAGGAAGCUGCGGAAGACGGAGGACUACUGCAAGGAGUGCGUCCGCGAGCUCAAGAGGAUCCUCCCAAAGUACGAGGAUCUCAAAGCCUUGAAUAAAACCCUGGAUAAGUGCAACAAGCAGCAGGCCGCAGAGAACCGCAGACUCGUCAACACUCUUGAGGCCGAGAGCCAGACAGGGGAGAGAUCCAGGGAUCCCAGCCUGGCUCGGGAGCCCAAAGAAGGGGAUGGUGACAACAGGGUGUGCGUUCAAAUAGAGAGGGCCAACGAUCGCUUCACCCAGCUCACCCAAGAGAAGGGGCAGCUGGAGGACCGAAUGGCCUCCGGCCUCACGAACGAGCUGGAUAUGAGCUGGGCCGAACUACAUCGGCUGGGGGCCAGGGGGAGAAGCUCCCUUGAGGGGAGCACGACUAGGGACGUCAGCUCUCUGGCUUCGUCGGGCAACAAACACCCGGCCGAACGCAUCCUGGACAGUGUGGGGAAAGAGCGCAAGGCCAUGUCGAGCUCUGUGGACCAUCUCAAAGAGGAGAACAAGACACUACGAGAGAACCUCAAGCAGAGCGUCAAGAGGGUUGAGGAGGCAGAGGUCGUAGCCAAGCAGCUGAGGGAAUUGCAGGCCAUAUUGGAAAGCUGCCUGCUCACGGUGCAGCAGGAGAAAGACCUGCUACAGCUGGAGGUGCGGCAGCUCCACCAGGAGUACAUUGAUCUCAGCAGUAGCAUCUCGCUGCAGCUGAGAGAGAGGAGCCCCGUCGCCACUACCGGGAUAUUAGCAGGGUCACAUGAGGUGAUUGAUGGUGGAGCCAGGCAGCAAGAGAGUCCAAGGCAGCCUCUGAACAGCAGCCCUAUUACCAGAGAAAUGCUGGAUGGCCCUGUAGGCGGAGAGGCAAUUGACCAUAUAAGGAAGCGUUUCGAGGAGGAGGAGGAGCAGAGAGCCCAGAGGUACAAAAACAUCCAUCAAUCAGAAUGAGUGAGGCUGUAGCUGGAUCAGUGGGCUAGGCAGACUGGAUGUUUACCUCUACCUCCCGUACCACAUCCUGUGUGACAGAAGAGUCAGGAGGGGUCAACCAUACUGUAGCUUACCGUAGAGCUCUCUGCACCACUUUACCAACAAUAUGCCCUUCACAAAGUCAUGUACCAUAUGCACUGUAUAGAUUUGAAUUCCCUGAUUAUAUUAUGCUAUUCAAAAUAUUUUGUCAGUGUUAUAAUUUCUGAUGUUUAAUACUUGAGAAUUCGAGCUACUGUAGAUAAAUGGCAUAUCAAGGCUAUUUGAGGCUAGGGUCGGGACGAUGUAUUAUCAGUAUUAUCAUACUUGUUAGUAAUGUGGCAAGGAAACAAAACAUGAAGCGGAUUUCACUUGUUUAGGAAAACAGCCCUGAUGUUGGAAACAAACAUUAUGUUGUCAUCCAGAGUCACAUGUAUUUAUUUUCCAAGCUAUAGCACAUAAAAUGUUAUAUACAACAGGUUUUUAAAGGACCAAAGAAUUUGGUCUGCUUCAUGUUUUCAUUUCUGUCAUGGGGAAAAAUAUUGUGAUAGUGGUCUAAGGCACUGCAUCUCAGUGCAAGAGGCAUCACUACAGUCCCUGGUUCGAAUCCGUGCUGAAUCCUGUA